UCAGACUCUCUUCAUAGCCGGAGGAGCAGCAGCAGCAGUGCGCCAGCCUGGGACAGUGGGAAACGCCAGUGCUGUGGUCAGAGGACCGUCUCCGCUCUACCUCUCCGGCUGCGUCCCGCCUGCCUCCCCAUGCUGCGCGUGUUUGUGCUCCGCGCCGGGAAUGUGCUGACGCCUGACACGGACAUCAGCGAUGCCUACUGCUGCGUCACUUUCCAAGGUUCAAAGAAGAAAACCAAAGUCAUCAAGAACAAUGUGAAUCCCGUGUGGAAUGAGGGCUUUGAGUGGGACCUGAAGGGAGUCCCUCUGGACACGAAUGCCGAGAUCCAUGUGGUGGUGAAGGACCAUGAGACCAUGGGCAGAAACAGGUUCCUGGGGGAGGCGCGGGUGGCCCUGAGGGACGUCCUCCACUCGCCCAGCUUGGCUGCCAGCUACAACGUAGCCCUGAUGGACAACAAGAAAAACAACAUAGGGGCCACACUGGUCCUGCAAGUUUCCUACAUCCCUCCCCCAGGAGCGGCUCCUGCCUUCCCCCCUCCGGCUGCCCCCGAGGCCCAGCACGCCCCGUCUGAGCUGGACACUGUGACUGACACCGCCGGCGAGGAGGACACAGAGGACCAGGCCGAGAGCACCGAGGAGCCGGAGCCAGCUCCUGGGACCCCCGGGCAGGAACCCUCCAUCGCACCCCCCAAGAAAGCCCCCCCAAACGCUGUCCAGGGGCUCAAAAGAAAGAAGCGUGCCACCAAACAGCCGCUGUCCAACAAACCCCAGGAUUUCCAGAUCCGCGCUCGGGUCAUCGAGGGGCGGCAGCUUCCCGGGGUCAACAUCAAGCCCGUCGUCAAGGUGACCGUGGCCGGACAGACCAAGCGCACGAGAAUCCGCAAGGGCAACAAUCCGCACUUUGACGAGACGUUUUUCUUUAACUUCUUCGAGUCUCCGUCGGAGCUCUUCGACGAACCGGUUUUUCUCACCGUUUUUGACUCUCGAUCUCUUCGUAAUGACUCUGUAAUUGGGGAAUUCAAGCUUGAUGUGGGCACAAUCUAUGCAGAACCCAAGCAUGCAUUCCUCAGGAAGUGGCUCCUGCUCUCUGACCCCGAUGACAUCUCUGCAGGGGCCAAAGGCUACCUGAAAGUCAGCCUGUUUGUGCUGGGGGUUGGCGAUGAGGCUCCGCUGGACAAGAAGGAUGGGGUGGAGGACAGAGAAGACAUCGAGGGGAACCUGCUGCGGCCCGCAGGGCUGGCGCUGAGAGGGGCUCACUUCACACUGAGGGUGUACCGAGCCGAGGACCUGCCUCAGAGUGAGUGCAGGCCAAGGGUGUGGCUCCCUCCUGUGCUUCUCCACACACGUGUGUCUUUCCCCUCUAUGUGUGAGAAAAUGAAAAUCCGAAUCCUAGACUGGGACCGAGCAACUCACAACGAUGUGAUCGGCACAACACACCUGUGCAUGUCCAAGAUCUCUGCGCCGGGAGGGGAGAUUGAAGAUGACUUACCACCGAAGACCCUCACAAACAGCUUUGAUGACAGCCUGGGGUUCCUGCCCACCUUUGGGCCCUGCUAUGUCAACGUCUAUGGCAGCCCCCGGGAGUUCAGCACAUUCUCGGACCCCUACGAGGCUCUCAAUCUGGGCAAGGUGCAACGUACAUUGUUCUUUGGGUUGAAAAUAAAUGUGGCCCCUAUUCUGGUGAUGUCAUUAAAACAUUCCGUAGUCUGUCGAUGUCCUGAGCCUGUGUUUUGUCUGCGACUUUUCCAGAAGUUCAUGAGGAAGAGGAAGUACUGCCUGUUUGCUGCCUUCUAUUCUGCCACUCUGCUCCAGGACGUGGAUGAUGCCAUACAGUUUGAAGUCAGCAUUGGCAACUAUGGCAAUAAGUUUGACAACUCCUGCCUGCCUCUGGCCUCCACCACUCAGUACAGCCGGGCAGUAUUCGAUGGGUGUCACUAUUACUACCUGCCCUGGGGGAACGUGAAGCCCGUGGUGGUGCUGUCCUCGGAGUGGGAGGACGUGAAGCCGCGCAUCGACGCCCUCAACAUGAUGCUGCACAUGACGGAGCGCCUGGAAGCCAAUCUGGAGCAGGUGCAGUUGGAUCUGAAGGCAGGCAGUCCAAUGCAGGAGGUGGACAGCAAGGUGUCCCAUCUCUUAGACGAUGUCAUCGCUGACUGCAGCCAGGAGCUCCCUGACCUGCAGAGCUGGCCCUGCGCCACACCCCUGGACAAGGCCAGGCGCCACCUGCGCAGGAGCAACCUCCAGCAGAUCCAGCAGGCGGCGCUGGCCCUCAGACACGGCCCCGCCACGGAGCUGGGCGUGGUGCUGGAGCAGGCGGAGGACUGGGCGCUGCGGCUCCGGGCCCUGGCCGAGGAGCCCCAGAACAGCCUCCCGGACAUUGUGAUCUGGAUGCUGCAGGGGGAUCGGCGACUCGCCUACUACAGAAUUCCCGCUCAUGAGGUCUUCUACUCCCGGAGCCACUGCGGCAGGAGCUGUGGGCAGCUGCAGACCAUCCGCAUGAAGUAUCCUCAGAACGGCCGGCCGGACUUCAAGAUCCCUGCACAGCUGCGUGUGCGGGUGUGGUUCGGCCUCUUGGCCGACACAAAGGAAUUCAAUCAGUUUGCCGAAGGGAAGCUGUCAGUGUUUGCAGAGACGUAUGAGAACCAGACCAAGCUGGCCCUAGUGGGGAACUGGGGAACCACUGGCCUCACAUACCCCAAGUUCAGUGAUGUCACGGGGAAAAUCAAACUGCCCAAAGACAGCUUCCACCCAUCGCCUGGCUGGGCCUGGGCAGGGGAGUGGUUCAUCAGUCCAGAAAAGACGCUGCUGUAUGAUGUGGAUGCGGGUCACAUGACAUUCAUGGAAGAGGCAUUUGAGAAUCAGAUGCGGUUGCCAGGGGGGCAGUGGAUCGGGAUGCAUGAAGGCUACACUGAUGUGAACGGGGAGAAAGCGCUGGCGAAGGAUGAGAUCGAGUGUCCUCCUGGCUGGGUGUGGGAGGACGUGGAGUGGAGCGAGGAUCUCAACAGGGCUGUGGACGACCAAGGCUGGGAAUACGGCAUCACCAUCCCCCCAGACCGCAAGCCCAAGUCCUGGGUGCCGUCAGAGAAGAUGUACCACACUAACCGGCGCCGGCGCUGGGUGCGGUUGCGCCGCAGAGACCCGAAGAGGAUGGAGGUGCUGAGGAAGCAGCGGCCGGACGAGACGGAGCGCGAGGGCUGGGAGUACGCCUCGCUUUUUGGCUGGAGGUUCCGCCUGAAGCAGCGCAAGACUGACACCUUCCGGCGCCGGCGCUGGCGCUGCCGCAUGGAGCCGCUGGAGAAGACGGGCCCGGCCGCGGUCUUCGCCCUGGAGGGGUCCCUGGGAGGUGUAUUGGAAGACAAGAGCGAUGAGAAAUCAGCAACUGCCAGUUUUGGGGUGAACCGUCCCACCAUCUCCUGCAUGUUUGAUAGUGGAACCCGGUACCACUUGCGAUGCUACAUGUACCAGGCCAGGGAGCUCGUCGCGAUGGACAAGGACAGCUUCUCAGACCCCUACGCCAUCGUGUCCUUUCUCCACCAGAGCCAGAAGACCGUGACAAUCCGCAACACGCUGAACCCCACCUGGGACCAGACCCUCAUAUUCUACGAAAUCGAGAUCUUCGGGGACCCCAAGGUCACAGAGCAGAACCCCCCCAACAUCGUGGUGGAGAUCUUUGAUGAGGACACCUAUGGGGCAGACGAGUUCAUGGGUCUCUGUGUGUGCCAGCCCGCCAUGAGUAGCCCCCCCCGCUUGGCCUGGUACCCGGUGCAGCGGGGGGGCAAGACUGCUGGGGAGCUGCUGGCAGCGUUUGAGCUCAUCCGCCGAGAGAAGCCAGCGGUCCAUCACAUUCCCGGCCUGGAGGGAGAGCCAAUUUCCACUCCAGCCCUGGAUGAGCUGGUUCUUCCAGGCUUCUUCUCUGGGAAUCUGCAACAAUGGCCUGCAGACACAGACCUGCCCUAUCCUCCACCACAGCGAGAGCCCAACAUCUACAUGGUCCCGCAGGGCAUCAAGCCGGUGCUGCAGAGAACUGCCAUCGAGGUCCUGGCCUGGGGUGUGAGGAACCUGAAGAGCUACCAGCUGGCCAGUGUGACCUCCCCAAGCCUGCAGGUGGAGUGCGGGGGCCAGAUGGUGCAGUCGUGCGUCAUCCGCAGCGUCAAGAAAAAGCCCAACUUCGACAUCAAUGUCCUCUUCAUGGAGGUGCGCCUGCCCCGGGAGGAGCUGUACAUGCCUCCCAUCGUGCUGAAGGUGAUUGACAACAGGCAGUUUGGCAGGAAGCCUGUGGUGGGGCAGUGCACCGUCCGGGCCCUGGAGGAGUACCGCUGCCACCCGGGCAGCCUGGAGAGGGACUCCUGCGAGGACCAGCAGGAUGAGAUCAGCAUCUCGCCCCGCGACGAAGUCCUGAUUGACAUCGACGACAAAGAGCUGUUGAUCCCAGGGCAGUUUGCAGACGGCACCAGCAGCUCAGCCAUUAUUAACCUCUCAUCCUCUCGGUCCAGCCUUCAUGAGGAGGAAUUCAUGGACUGGUGGAGCAAGUUCUUCGCCUCCACAGGCGAGCGCAGCAAGUGUGGGACCUACCUGGAGAAGGGCUGUGACACCCUGCAGGUGUACAACACGGAGCUGGAGAAAGUGGAGGGCUUCGAGGGGCUCACUGACUUCUGUCAGACUUUCAAACUGUACAGAGGAAAGUCUCAGGAUGACAGCGAGGAUCCCUCUGUGGUUGGGGAGUUCAAGGGGAUGUUUAAGAUUUACCCACUGCCAGAUGACCCCUCCCUGCCCACUCCCCCUCGCCAGUUCUGCCAGCUGCCGCCCAAUGGCACGGAGGAGUGCCUCGUCCGUGUCUACAUCAUCCAGGCCGUCGGACUGCAGCCCAAGGACGCCAAUGGCAAGUGUGACCCCUAUGUGAAGAUCACGCUGGGCAAGAAAUCAGUCAAUGACCAGGACCACUACAUCCCUUGCACACUGGACCCUGUCUUCGGAAGGAUGUUUGAGCUGACGUGCACCCUGCCCUUGGAGAAGGAUCUGAGGAUCACGCUGUACGAUUACGACCUGCUGUCCAAGGACGAGAAGAUCGGCGAGACCGUCAUCGACCUGGAGAACCGCUUCCUGUCGAGGCACGGGGCGCGCUGCGGCCUGCCCCAGUCAUACUGCCUGUCAGGGGUGAAUCAGUGGAGGGACCAGCUGAAGCCGUCUCAGCUCCUGAGGCUGCUGUGCGAGAGGAGAAACUACAAGCUGCCCAUCUUCAAACAGGACCGCAUCCUCUUCAGGGGGCAGGAGUACACACUUGCUGACCUGGAAGAUUCAAAGCCCCCAAACCCUCAUCUCGGCCCCACCGAGGAACGUCUGGCACUGUGUGUGCUGCAGAAACAGGGCCUCGUCCCCGAGCACGUGGAGACACGGCCGCUGUACAGCCCAUUGCAGCCUGAUAUCGAACAGGGGAGGCUUUACCUGUGGGUGGACCUGUUUCCUAAAUCCCUGGGCCCCCCUGGGCCCCCUUUCAACAUUUCCCCACGUAAAGCCAAGAGGUUCUUCCUGCGCUGCGUGAUCUGGAACACCAGUGAUGUCAUCCUGGAUGACGUCAGCAUCACGGGGGAGAAGAUGAGCGACAUAUAUGUCAAAGGCUGGCUUCUGGGACACGAGGAAAACAAGCAGAAGACAGAUGUGCACUACCGCUCUCUGGGUGGGGAGGGAAACUUCAACUGGAGGCUCGUCUUCCCCUUUCACUACCUGCCUGCAGAGCAAGUCUGCACCGUCAACAAGAAGGAGCACUUCUGGAGCCUAGACAAGGCUGAAACAAAGAUCCCCCCGAAGUUUGUGAUCCAGAUCUGGGACAAUGACAAGUUCUCCUUUGAUGACUAUCUUGGCUCUCUGGAGAUGGACCUGAACCGCAUGGUACGGCCUGCAAAGUCUGCUGAGAAGUGUGGCCUGGAGCUUCUCGACCAAACCCUCUCCGCAGACCGGCUGGUUUCCCUCUUUGAGCAGAAGACAGUGAAGGGCUGGUGGCCCUGUGUUGGCGAGAGAAACGGGGAGAAGAUCAUUGCAGGGAAGGUGGAGAUGACGCUGGAGAUAGCGUCAGAGCAGGAGCACGAGGAGCGACCAGCAGGGCAGGGGAGAGAUGAGCCCAACAUGAAUCCCCACCUGGAGGAGCCCAGGCGGCCAGAGACCUCUUUCUUGUGGUUCUCCUCCCCCUUCAAGACCAUGAAGUACAUCUUGUGGAGGAGGUUCAAGUGGGUCAUCAUUGCACUCCUCAUCCUCUUCUUCGUGCUGCUCUUCCUCGGGAUCUUUCUCUAUUCCUUCCCGAACUAUGCUGCUAUGAAGCUGGUGGGGCCCUUCAGCCGUUCCCAGUGAGCCACCUGCCUGGGGGAGAGGACAGACCCCCAGCGCCGCUGGCAGAGCCCAGCACCGCCCACCCCACUCUUCACACAGCAGCUUUUUAGAGAGAACGCCAGGCUAGAAUGUUACAAAGACCAUCAUGGCAAUUGAUGUUAAAUAUUUUCACUGUAAUUAAAAGAAAAAAAACAUUUUUCAGCUCUGUAAUGGGCAAUGGCUGUCCAGUAACAAAAUGCAAUUGAUCUCUUCUACGUUCCUUGAAAACUUGUAAAAAUGUUUUUUUACAUGAAGUUUAAUUGCUCUUUACUUUCAGAACAUAACAACUAUUAGAAUCAAGAACCAGGCCAUUCGGCACAUUUCACUCGUUUGUGUUUUUUCAGUAGCUAAUUGAUCCAAGGACCUCAUCCAGGCAUUUCAUGAAGGAAGCCAAAAAAACAUGAGGUUUAUACAUGGCUUAGGAGAUGAAAGUAUUUGCAUGGCAGAAAUAUUGCUUCAACUGCCGGUUUCAGAGGUGUACUUGCCAGAAAGUGGCUGAGAGCCAUUCUCACACUGGACUGGACCCCCCACUCUUUGUCUGACUGACAUAGUGAAAGGAAUGGGAAUCAGUUCCACUGUACUGCUUGAAGACAGAUGGACAGAUGGCUGGGUGGAUGAAAGAAUGGAUAGUAGAUAGAUAGUUUACCUGUAUACUUCUGUGGACAUCAAUUGACUUUUGGCUGAUCUAAUUACAUACAAAUGAUUCAUUGUACUUCAUAAUCAGGAGACGUAUUAUAUUUACCAUGACAAACUACGCUUGAGGCUUAUAAUAUGAAGUGUUAAGACACUUCUGAAUCAGAUGCAAGUGAUAUGAAAUCGAUCACUCUUUAGCUGAAUAAACUAUACAGAAGACAUAUAGACAUGUGAGAAGUAACUUCCCUCCCUUCAGCUACAGGCAGCUGUUAUGUUGACUUGUGCUGUCAAGAGUAUCUUCUGCCAGAGAAGCUCACUCGUUACUCCGGCCUCCAGCUCUCCUCGUGCUCGUCAUGCCUGUGAGAGUGUGUGUGGCAGCGGAGCUCUGAGCUCGUUCUGCGUGUCAGGCAGUUCACGCCUCCAGGCUUUAAGAUGCAUCGUGUAGGUCAGAUUAUACCGAUGUAAAGGUCUUCCUUACUGUUGGAGUCAUAGCCCUAGCCUAGUCCUAGCUGAGUAAGAAAGGAUAACAGGAAAACUAGUUUAGGACUAAGCCAAUGUGCAGCCUUGCAGGAUUAAAAAUGGCAUGUGUGUCGGCUGAGCUGUGUUACAAUAAAGCGACUGCACAGGAGUGCUUAAGCCAGAUUCAGCCUGCAUGUGAGUUACAUGCAAAUGUUUUGCUAGGAUUACUGAAUUCUUCCAAUGUGCAUUAAAGGUGAACACUACUCUCCAUUAUAAACUCACAUCUUAUAGUCUUUCAGUUAUUUCUCUUGUACUGCAAAAUGACUGUUAAGCAAACUUAGUUAAUCUUCCACAUGUAAUCAAGCUUUCUUGAAAAGUAAUAAUGCAAAGCUUGCAUGUGGUGUACAGGUCUGUACAACGUGUUAGUGACAUGAAAAUAUUUGAUUUACAAGCCUUAUGUGCUGCAACCUGGCCGAAGUGUUAGAUCCACGAUCUCAUGUUUAUUUUUACAUUUCCCUCUAAAAAUAGCCAAUUUCCCUCUGCAUCUUUCAGCUCAUAGUUCUUACAGUGGUGUGCACUAGAUUUUAACAUAAAAUAUAUAAUCUAAGUGCAGUUUCAGGAAUCCUGAUUUACAAUCUCAAUUUACAUUAACAAAUUCUGUUAAAGCAUCAGCAACAAAAAAUGAAGUUUAGUAUAAAAGUCAGGAUUCAACAAUGUUAUUAAUUAAAUAUGAAUAAAUAAAAGUGAGGCAUAAUGUUAUUGAGACUGUAAAUUUACCUAAUUAAAAGCGUAUCCAAACAGACCUUUAAUUAACACAAAUGAGCCUUCAUGGUGACAUUAAUGCCGUAUGAGGGAUUUUAAAACACUGUGCAUGGAUCGCAUUUGCAGACAUCACAGAAUUCUAAUUAAUACCAUGUCAGGCUAUGAGCUAUAAACAAAUUAAUAGAGAAAAAAUGUAACUAGUGCUAUAUCCUCAGUAUUCCUGAAUAAGUAAUUGAUGUUUCAUUGCAGAUAUGUUCCCUGGUGUGCUUAAUACAUUUUUUUCCAAUGAGUUUAAAGUUAUAAUUCAGCCUUAAAUACCAAAUAACCUGGCAGCCUUUAAACUGAAGCUUGAAAGCAGUUUGUUAUGUGUAAAAUACACACUGUACAGUAUGUGUGAGUGUGCCAAUGAGCGUGUGUAUACUGUGUCUGGAGUAAUGCCUUAUUAUAUUGCACUAUUUUGCUGAGAAAAGCCAAAGACAAUGUCAAGAGUUUCACUGUUUCAGCUAAUCAUGCUGUAAAUUGGACUGCACACACGAGUCUCAUUAACUUGCCAGUUGAAAGUUUUAUCAUUUGUAAUAAGCAAUUUUAUAGACACCUUUUAUUUCUGUUUACAUUGCUCUCAGUAUCUGGACGUGUUGAAUAUAAACUCCCGUACUCCUGACCAUGAUGGACAAAGCACUUCUGUUACAGCAGGAUGCCAGGAUUACAGCUGAUGAAAUAUACACCACAGUGUAGCUUCCCGUACCACCUUUUCAUCAGUUGAUGAAAACUAUCACUCAGAAAUUACUAGUCACUGUUGUCAGUUGUAUAAAAAUCCUCUGAUGCUACAAACAUCACAUGCUAUUUAAUCAGAGAUGUAUUUUUCCUCCAGUCCAAUAUUUCUGUAGACCUAAGCGGCUUUAAAUUGAUCAAAAAUGGGCACUGUUGUUGUUAAAAGUGACAGAGGUGAAUUAACAACCCUGUGAACGCUAUUUCCUAGUGUCAAUUAAUAUUUCAGGCCACUGGUACAGGACUGAACUAUUGAGCAUUUCUGAAAUGUAAGGUAUUUUUGAUUUAAAUAUAGGAUUAAAGCCAUUUAAAUCCUGCGUAAGCUCCUGAGUCAUUACACAGCUCUUGAUUUUGGGAUGUUACAUUUCAGUUGAUGCCUUAUAAAAUUCUGUUUUGCAUCAGAUAUGGGUUUGCUUUUGCCUUCUGUGAAGCAAUAUCAUGUACACAAUAUAUUAGAAACUAUGCACCCAUAUUUGCGAUACAUGUACUAUUUUAUUGGUUUCUGAUAAAAUGUAUCAUAUAAAAAGAUAAAAUGUCUGUUUAUUUGAGAAAAUAAUAAACGUAUAAUGUCUGUUCACAUUCAA